AUGGCGAUGAUGGUCAGCGGGUUGCCACCUCGCUUCGCUCCCUCUCCUCCGAAAGCGGAGUUGAGGCGGAGGGAGAAGGCUUUCUUGCUGGACUGUGUGGCUGUCAGCUCGAUCGCCAGGGACCAUCGCCACUCUGCGCCCAGAGCCGCCACUAUCAUCCCGCCUUCUAACCCACAGAACCACCGCCAUGUGUUGGCCGGUGUUAGGACCAAGCCUCUCCCACCACUUUUAAGAAAGACCGGUCAAUCUUCCAGCGGGACCUCAAUUCACGGCGCGACCGUCGAUCGACUCCAGUUGCAAGGAGCUGCAGCCAGCUACCUGCGAACGAGAAACAAAAACGGAGCAGGUUACUCCGCAGAUCAAGUGAAGGGGCACUCUCUCUUUCUCUCUGGAAUUAAACCCAUAUUUGGAUACAAUGGCCUCUAUGGAUACAGGAGGAACACACCGGCUCUGCGGAAACUCCCUUCACCUUUUGGUGUAAUUACCCGGUCUCCUAUUUAUUGA